AUGCAGGACGACGCUGACGUAGGCGGCUCCGCAGAUGGACAGCCAGAAGCAAAGGCUGGCACAUUGUCCCCGUUUGUAGGCCAAAUUAUGGUGCCGGGAGACGUAGCGGUGGAUCUGAAGCAGGUCACGUCGUCCGUGCUCAGAAUCGGACCCGGCCUCCGACAGGAAGGCGACAUGGUGGUGGCCAUGCGAGCGGGGCGGCUGAAGCCCGCAGGGAAGAGGAAGCUGUGGGUGGACUGCAGUGUGAAGCGCUACACGCCUGCAGUGGAGGAGGCUGUGAUCGGCAUUGUCAUUGAUAAACACAUGGAGAACCUAGACGUGGACAUCAAGGGCCCCGGCCUCGCCAUCCUGCCUGCACUCGCGUUUGAAGGCGCCACCAGAAGAAACCGACCCAACCUGCAGAUCGGGCAGGCAGUGUACACGAGAGUGGUCAAGACCCAUAGGGAUGCCGACCCUGAGCUCUCAUGCGUGGAUGCAAGCGGCAAAGCAGCAGAAUUCGGGCCACUAGUGGGUGGUCACCUCUUUGACUGCUCCACUGCCCUCGCUCGCCUCCUCUUGGCAACACCAACUGCCCCUGUGUUGAAGGCACUUGACGCUGCUGGUUUGGCCUUCGAAAUUGCCGUGGGUCUCAAUGGAAGAGUCUGGGUGAAGGGGGACACAAUAAAGAACACCAUUCUUGUUGCAAAUGCAGCUCAAAACUCUGAGUUUCUUUCUGCUGUGCAGCAGCGAGCGAUGGUGAAGGAAUUAACGGUCAUGGCGACGGCGGCAGCGGCUGGAUCUGCGUCACCAGCAUCAUUACCAUCAGCAUCACUGGCGUCUUCCUCACCUUCACUUUCCACCGCAUCAACUUCCGCAUUGCCUUCUUCAUCUACACCGUCAUCCUCGUUACCAGCAGCAUCGAUAUCCUCUACGGAAUCGGACGGUCAAGAGCAGUCAGCUCCAGACUCGUGGGAGUCGGACGAUCUGGACGAGCGAUUGAAGCAACUGCAGAUAGUCAAGCCCGUGACUGUAACGAACGGCGCUACUGGCGAGAACAACAGCUCCAUUGACAGCUUCAAUGGCACCGGCGACGAGCAGCAACCAGCGAGGGAGAGCAACCUUUUGUCGAGCCAGCAACCCGGGCUUGCGACGACGAAUCAAUCGGCGGGUCAGCCGCAAGUGAUCGACAAGCGCUUGGAGCUCGUCGACAGCUUUCUCAGGGAGGCUCUUUCGAACCCUCGCGACCGACUCACGAUUCUCCGCAUGGAGCAGGACGUGGAGCGGUUUAUCCGGAACCCGAGCCUCAAGGUCAUGGAGUUCCAGCCAAUGGCGUCGUCGUACCACCGCGCCGCCGCGCAUCGCGUCGCGCAGCAUUACUCGCUACAGACGUCCGCCGCUGAAACCGUCACGCCAAGCGGUGGCGAAUGCACCGUCGUCGUCGCGCGAAAGAUUGGCGAGCUUCGCCCGCCCCCCGUUCGCCUCGUCGACCUCCCUCUCGGCCCGACCAGCGGCAGCGGGGGAAUGGGCGGAAGUUCCGCGGACGGGCAGGCGGAUGGCGCGGGAGUGAUCCGAUCCGUGGAGGAGCGGAAGGAGAUGUAUAACCGGGCACGAGCAAGAAUUUUCAAUACUGCUCAAGUGGAUGCUGUGGACAGCGAGGAGAGCACGGGCAGCGCGGAGGGGGCAGGCGGAAAGGGCGAAGCGGGGGGGAAGCAGGAGAAAGAAGGGAAGGCAGGGGGGAAGGCAGGUGUGGAGGCAGGCGGAAAGACAGUGGCGAAGGCAGGCACGGAGGCAGGGGGGAAGGGAAGCGGGAAGGGAAAGGGCGGUGGUGGGGGAAGUGACGGGGAGGAAAAGGCUGGCGCGGAUAACCAAGGAUUAACCAAGAGCUCGUCAGGCGGGCGGAAAGGGAGGAGCGUGGCGAUUCUGCGAGACAGGGAGAAGGAGAAGCAGGACCCGGACUACCAGCGCGGUUAUGAUCGGUUCUCACAAAGGUUUGACCCAGGGUUUGGCGCCCAGGCGCCUAAUCCGUACGGCAUGCAGCCCAUAUACGCCCCUGUCGUUACCUAUGCUUCUGAGUUCCCCUCGCUCUCGCCCUCUGCGCCCGCGAAUAAUGCUGCUGCUGGCAACCGAACCGGGCGUGGAGGCCCGGGUGGGUCGGGACCUGCCAGACCUGGCGGUCCGGCGCCAGGUUCGGCACCAAACGUGUCUGUCCACGGCCCGGGGCAAUCCCCAGGCUCGGUAGGCGCUGGUUCGGCAGGGUUGAUCCAGCCAGGGUUUCCAGGGGCAGGGUUUCCACCGGGCAGUUUUCCCCCGGGCAAUUUACCCCCUGGCAGUAUGCCCCCGGGUGGUUUACCCAUGCAUUUCCAGCAGAUCCCUACGCUUGGCCCUCCCCAUCCGCUGAACGUGUGGCGAGCACAUGCAGGAAUGAUGGCCAUGCAGGGCCGGGGGGUCAUGCCAAUGCCCGGACCUGUUCCGGGGCCUGUUUCCGGACCUCUUCCAGGAGCUGUUCCCGGAGCUGCUCCUGGUCCGGUUCCAUACGGACUGGUCCAACCUCCCAGUUCGAUGCCAGGUUCAGUUGGCUCUCCUGGAGGGGUAGGCAUGGGAAUGGCGGGUUCGGCAGCAGCAGCAGCAGCGGGAACUGGAGCUUCAGUGGGAGGUCCGGGAUUGGUUGGGGCAGGAAGGGGGGUAGGCCAUGGCUUUCCACCGAACCUUCAGAGGGAUGGCAUCAUGGGUCCAGGAGCAAUUUCCGUUCCCGGUGUUGGUGGUUCGGUAAGACCAGGUCCGGGAGCAGGCUCGGGUCCAGCUUUUUCGCCAGGCAUGGUGCCAGGCCCUAACCCAGGCAUGGUUGUGAACCGAGGUAUGGUUGUGCCGGGAGGAAUGGGGUAUGGGUAUGGGGGAGGGAACGUGGUAAGGCCAGCAGGUUCGGUAGCAGGGCCGGGAUUUGGAAUGGGGCAAAUAGGGGGCCCGAUUGGGGGUGGGGGGAUGCCGUAUGCGGUGGGUGGUGUGGGGGUGAACGGGGGAGGGAUGGGAGUAGCUGUGAAGGAAAUGACUGGAGUACAAGCAGGUGCAGGUGGUGGUAAUGCGGCUGGGAGUGGUGGGGUGGGAGGGGGUGCGGUUGGUGGGGGGGGUGUGCUUGGAGGGGGGCGACGAGAGGUGGGAAUAGCACGCGUCGCGAGGAUGAACGGCGGGGGCAACGAGAUUCCCGCGAACAUCCUCUUCGGCCGCGUGGGAAGCGACGAGGAUUUUGCGGGGCCGCCCAUUCCCACCGGCACCGCCCCCGCGACUGGCGCCGCAACAGACGCCGCGAGUUACGGAGGCUUACCGAAGCGGCAAGAGGUGCUGCUGCCGGAACAAGCGGCGCUGAUUCGCGAGUCGUACGCGCGCAUCGAGAAGGACCGGAAGCAGCACGCACUCAUCAUGUACCUCACCAUAUUCGACAUCUGCCCCGAGGCCAAGCCGCUCUUCUCCAUGGUGCGUGAAUCGAGCGAACCCGCACCCGUCAACCCGCGCCUCGAGGCCCACGCCACGCUCGCAUUCACCAUGAUGUGCGAGGCCUUCAGCAACUGGGACGACCCAGAGCGAGUGGCCAAGCAAACGCCAUUCUUCAAGGCCUUGGGUGGGAGACACCUCAACUAUGGCAUUGAUGGGGACGACUUUCCGAUCUUCCGCACUGGCUUCAUGAAGGCGUUACAGAGGGCGUUCGGGGAGGAGUGGUUUGGAGACUUGGAGGCCGCGUGGUGUGCCGCAUUUGACAUUCUAGAGGACAUGGCUUCGAGCGGCAUGGCUGAGAAGGGCGGGCAGAAAGUUAUCCCGCCUGCUGCUCUGGAGAUGCUAGAGAGGAUGCAGCAGCAGUAG